CCCACUGACUCAAGCCUCUGAGCAGCCACAUGAGCAAGAUUCCGCUCUGCAAUCACCACCAUUUCCGAUGCCACUCCCCACCACCAUUUAUUGGAAAUAAUAAAUAAUCGUUUAGCAUAACUGCAGAAUUCCGUCCAUUAUGGCUGUUGAGAUGGAGAAAGAAGCGGAGAACUAUGGACACUAUCAUUUAUGGUCUUUCACUUCAUGAUCUCUCCCUGUUUCCCCUGAAUUGAAAAUUCGGAUUGGUGUUGAUCUUUAGAGUUCUGGGAAGUGGUGGGAGGUUUUGUUCCUCUUUUUCUUACUUGGGCUCUUCAUUUCUGCUGAACAGGUUUCUGUAAUCUGGAUAUUCAGCUUUUCCGGGCAGAUUGAGAAUCGCUGACUUUGAUCGAACAGCGAAAAGAGCAUAGGAUUUGAAGCUUCCCUACAAAUUUGGGUUUUCUCCGUCUUGUUGGCCUUAGUCAAUAACUUCGCAAUCUUUUUCAGCUCUGAGUAAUCUUCAGCAGAUCAGAUUAAGAACAAUAAGAGUGAAAGACUUGGAAGCUGUGGUCCUCUUAUUAAUGUCGUUGAAGUAUUAACGCCAAGUUGAUCUUUCUGGUAACCAUCUUAGACAGUUAUACAAUGAAAAAGGUUCAUGUAUUUGAAGUUGUACUCUGAACGUCGGUCAGUUGUUUACGAGAUCAGUGCUAACCGGAGUUUUUCCUUAGACCCUGUUUGUCUAUUUUGUUGCAAGAUAUUUGCAUCGGGAAACGAAAAUGAAGGCUGCAGAGGAUAAGAAUUGUUGCGAGUAUGGGACUGCAACGGACAGUUUGAGUUCUAAUGUCCGCAGUUUUGAGUUCCACAAGGGAAUUGGCACAAACAGGGGAUCAAAUUCUCGAGUGGUUUUGAACUCACUUAAUAAACCAGCCCCAUCAAAGUGGGAUGAUGCACAAAAAUGGCUUGUUGGCAUGUCUAAUGGGGUUGAUCAGGGGCACUCCAAAAUCAACAAACCUAGGAAUUCAAAUGCAGAUGAGCAGAGGCAUAUAUUUCCCACAGCUCAGAAAGGAAGAGUUCCUGGGGAGGGAACUGAUUGUGAGCAGGAUGUGGUUUUGAACCCAGAUGAAGGAGAAACUAAGAAAAUUGAUUACAGUGAAUCAUUUUGGAGGAUCAAUAAGCCAUCAGAGGAUUCAUCAAUGAUACGGUCAAUCUGUGUGAGGGACAUGGGCACUGAGAUGACUCCAAUUGGUAGUCAAGAGCCAUCAAGGACAGCUACUCCAAUCAGAGCCACAACUCCCUCAGCCAGGAGCCCCAUUUCCUCUAGGACCUCAUCUCCUGGGAGACGCAAUCAAGGAGUGCAAUCUAUUGAAACCAACCAAGCUCAUCAGGGGUCUGCUGGAAACAGACUAGAAACAAUGAUUCCGGGAAGAUCUAGCUUUUCUGGGACUGGGUGGGUAAACAAAGAUGAAGAUGAAUCAGAAGCCUCAAAAAUACUGCAAAAGAACAGUUCAGAGAGAGACAGAAGAAUGAGUAUGCUAGAAGCACGUGCUGUGGCUUGGGAUGAGGCAGAGAGAGCAAAGUACAUGGCAAGAUACAAACGUGAGGAGGUGAAAAUUCAAGCCUGGGAAAACAGUCAGAAGAGAAGGGUGGAAGCAGAAAUGAGGAGAGUAGAGGUUAAGGCCGAGAGGUUGAAAUCCCGUGCACAGGACAGACUGGCCAACAAGUUAACUACAACUCACCGGAAGGCGGAUGAAAAGCGUGCAAAUGCAGAGGCCAAAAUGAAGGAGCGUGCUGUGAGAACAUCAGAGAAAGCUGACUACAUUCGAAGAACUGGUCAUCUUCCAAAUUCCUUCUUUUCCUUCAAGUUGCCAUCAUUCUUCUUCUGCAAAACCUGUACUCCGAUUUGAUGUAAUGGAUCUGGCAAGCAGUGCUCCUGUAUUUACAGUUAUAUGGGGUGUAAUCUCCACUCCUGCUGUUGCACUGUCAUGCUUUCAUUUUAAUUGUUUACAUUGUAAUUUACGUUUUGAACAUUACUGCAACUGUUUUCCCGACA